CGGCAGCAACUACUUACAUUCUGCAUCCCCACUCUCUGGCGACGCGUCGGGAAUCUACUGCGACUUUUUGACGGGCCGUCUCGCACCAUCCACGCAGACAGCCCGUUUGUCCCACCUAGAGUUGGCACAGGCGCCGUCAUUCUCCGACGCUCUCACGCAACUCAGCUGGAAGAUGCAUCCGCUGUGACACCCAAUGCACCAGAGAAAUCGAGACGAUGGGAGGGAGUUCACUGGCAAUUAGUCCUGUACACGACCUCGCCCUCUCAUCUACCUUAUUCUGGCACCCACGAUCCGAAUGCGACGGAAACAGACCCACUCGCGCGGGUCACUCAGAGAUUGCUUUUGCACUUCGAAACUGUGGGGACAAUGGCGUUCAUGGCGAUAUUCGAGCGUUCGUUCCGUGCUGGAGAGAACACUUGGGCUACCCUUGAGCUUCCUGUAAAACUGGCACAAAUCACUGGCUUGCGUCAGUGAAAUGUAUCAUAUUCAGUCCUAGCCUCUCUGAAGCUCCUCUUCCCGUUGUUAUCCCAGAUUGAGCUCAGAAGCACGCGAGGCCCAGCAACGGCGUGAUGUCAUCUGGGAGCUCUAGGUCGGCGAUUGCUGGCAGGCCAUUGCGACGGAUCCACCGCCGUCAUGCUCGCCGCCUUUCGUCAUCUCCAUGCACGCCAUUCCUGAAAGGAUCCUGCUAUCACGUUCAUGAAUCACUCGACACCGACAAUCUAUCGACGCUUCUGGGAUCCCGCUAUCGCAUCCAGACCAUGUCAUUGGGUGCCGAAAAUGUAUCGACACGCUGCGUUUACAGAAGGACACCCGCGUGUUUGUCUUGUCGGCGCAUCUAUCUUCUACCACCCAAAAGAUCCUGUGAAGAUCCCUUAUGUGCCGACGUACCUGGCUGGCCACCACUGUGCAUGUGGAUUGCUCCCUGCUCUGAGGAAGCAGUGAAAACUGAUUCUGUCGGAGAUUGCGCCCUGGUGGAUGCCGUGCACACAUGCGUUUUCAGCGUUGAUCGUUCUGUGUCGCCUGGACAUGCCUUAGAUCCGGAGCAGGCAAGUUCGCGCCGAUCACCCUGCGGCUGACAAAACGGGCGCUGGCGCGUUGAUCCCGAGCAACGUCUUCGAGCUGUCCUGGGCCGAGAACGAAGGGCUAUCCAUCUUCAGGGAGAACGCGCGCACACGAACAGCAACAACCAAGCCGACCGAAACACCGCCUUCC